AUGCCUCGCGAAGAAGCUUCAGCCAAGCUGCUGCUUCAAGGCCUCCCACCACGCACGCAAGUCAGCCUCGACGCGCAUCCCGAGGUCUACCUCACCAACGAGCAUUUCGCUGGCAUCAAGUCACUUGCCCCAGGCUGGCACUGCAUUUCGUGGAGCAUUGCAUCUUCCGAGCUAUCGUCAAACGAAGGCUCACAAGCAGUACCAGCGACAAGUUCGAUUCGGAACGUGCUGCUCAAAUGGUUCGACGACGACGAAAUUUCGGUGCGGGAGUUAGAUCGCACGGAAGAAAGGCUGAUUGUGCCUGAUCAGCGUGCGUCUCCUUCGCAUGCAGCGUCGGGUUCUGCUAUCGGGAGAUCGAAACACCGUCGUCUUUCAAGGACGAUAGAUCCUACGAGCAGUCCACUCGAAGCGACCCUAAUUACGCCUGACGUGCUUAGCAGCGUGGAACCCCGCCUCUUGCCUUAUUCAGUGGAAGCACGGGAACUGUGGCGGAAAGCAACACUUCAUCUCAGUCGGGACCAAGGUCGAGUCGGAAGGCAAAUCGUGGCGAGGGUGUUAGGCGUCGACGCUUCGACUGGAGAUUCGACCACAGAUAGUCUCGCGACAGGUCCGAGCACAGCGAGGGAGAUCACAAACGAAGAAACGCUAUCGCACCCAGGAAGCACUUCCGGCAGAAAAGAGGACGGCAAGCUCAUUUGGGGCAAGUCGAGACCACAAGCGGAAAUCACUGAGGUCGCCGUCGAUGGUGAAGACGCAUGUGCGGAGAAUGAUCUGGCGAAAAGCACGACUCGGAAACGCUCAUUCUCGACAGAGUUGACGGAGGAUGCAGACGACGACGAAGCUUUGCUGUUCACAUCCUUCGACUUGAGACGCAGCUGGCCGGCCCGCUCGAUAGGUGCAGAGAUCACUCGUUGGAACGAGGACAAAAGCUGGCUGUUGCAGGACGUUACUCGUCGAAGUCAUCUCGGCAUCGCUCAGUCAGUCAACAGGGAGACGAGCUGGUAUCUUGCCCUACUGUGCGAGUUCGAGCUGGCCUUCGUGCUAUUCAUCACUGCCAACAACGCAUACGCUUUCGACCAAUGGAAGGAUCUCAUCGUGCUCUUCUGCCGAUCUUCUUCUCUGAUCGGUGCCCAAUCUGCGUUCCAGCUGCACCCAUCCGCAGCAACUUCCAUGUCGGAUUUCCAGAACGACACGGCUGUCGACCUCACUGCCCACAUUGCCUUUCUCACCACGCUACACACCCACCUUCUCAUUCUUCCCACCGACUUCUGGUCCUCACAGUCCACCACCCAGCAAGAAACUCAUCUGCUCAAGCAGCUUGACGUGCUACGUGCAAACAUCGCCCGCUCACUUUCGACGCCAUCUCAACUCCAACACAAAGUGGAUGAAGCCCAUCGCGAACAACUGGUCAAAGCCUGGAGGUCCCUCUCCCACACCACAGCUUCCACAUUCGGCUGGACACUCGAUUCCAGACUCGAUGAAGAGGCCGAAGUACAAGAUGACAUUGAGGCGGAAGAGGGCGAAGACGCACCUGUCAUUGUCAAUCUGUGA